CGCCCUGGCACGUAACAGAGCUGGGAGCCUGGCUGCCAGGGGCGUGUCAUCGCGGGGGCAGCCUGGGAGCGCUGCUGCGCCGCGGCAGGAGAAACAGCCGAGGACACCCUGGAAGAGCAGGAGUACGUGGGCCUGCGAGAAUGGCGCCAACACCAGCCCUGCAAAGCCACUUUCCAAAGCCGGGCCGAAGACAGCCACCGUUGCCCCGCAGGCCUCAAGGAUGACGGUCAAGCCAGCCAAGGCCGUCUCCCUACCCAGGAACCUCGCAAAGCGCAGGCGUACGUACCCGGGUGGCGCGACUGGGCGGAGUCAAGAGCCGGAAGUUCCUUGCGCCGCAGUCCUUCCCCGGAAACCCGCGGACCGGAACUGCUCGGAGUUCCCGCCCCCAGACAGAACCGUGGGUUGCUGGGCAACCGAUGCGGCCGCCGCUGCUGGUCUCUGUGGUGCUGGGAGCGAGCCCAGUAUAGCUCCCACCUCCUGUGCUGGUAACCUCCCGUCCCGCCCGCCUCCCUUGUUGUCGCCUCUCCUCGCGUCGCGGAAUCCUUGCCCUUGGCACUACUUACAUCUCUCCGGGUCCCACAACACCUUAGCGCCCACCUGCUUCAAAGCCAAGCUCCACCGAAAGCGAGGCAGUCAGCCCCCGGACAUGGCCUCGGCCCUGACUGAUCGCACCUCUCGGGCCCCGAGCACCUACACCUACACCAGCCGGCCCCGAGCACUGCCCUGCCAGCGCAGCCGUUACCGGGACAGCCUGACGCAUCCAGAUGAAGAACCUAUGCGUUAUGGAAACAUAAUGUAUGACAGAAGGGUAAUUCGAGGCAACACUUAUGCACUCCAGACAGGGCCACUGCUCAGACAGCCUGAUUCUCUAGAGCUUCAGAGACAACGGGAGGCUAAGAAGAGGGCUCUUGCCAGAAAACAAGCCCAAGAGCAGCUCAGACCACAAACACCUGAACCUGUGGAAGGCAGAAAGCAUGUCGAUGUGCAAACAGAAUUAUACCUUGAAGAAAUUGCUGAUCGCCUAAUAGAAGUUGAUAUGGAAUGCCAAACAGAUGCAUUUUUGGACAGACCACCAACACCACUCUUUAUUCCUGCCAAAACUGGCAAAGAUGUGGCCACUCAAAUACUAGAAGGAGAGCUCUUUGACUUUGAUCUUGAAGUUAAACCAGUGUUAGAAGUUUUGGUGGGGAAGACAAUUGAGCAGUCUCUUCUGGAAGUAAUGGAAGAAGAAGAGCUGGCUAACCUGCGGGCCAGUCAGCGUGAGUAUGAAGAACUACAGAAUAGUGAACGUGCUGAAGUUCAACGACUUGAAGAGCAAGAGAGGCGACACCGAGAAGAAAAAGAACGGCGUAAGAAACAGCAGUGGGAAAUAGUGCACAAGCACAACGAGACAUCACAAAAAGUCGCCGCCCGAGCAUUUGCACAGCGUUACCUGGCUGACCUUCUCCCGUCUGUUUUUGGCAGCCUCAGGGAUAGUGGCUACUUUUAUGAUCCCAUUGAAAGAGAUAUUGAGUUAGGAUUUCUUCCAUGGCUAAUGAAUGAAGUUGAAAAAACCAUGGAAUAUAGCAUGGUGGGAAGAACAGUGCUUGACAUGUUGAUCCGUGAGGUGGUUGAAAAGAGACUGCAUAUGUAUGAGCAUGGGGAAGACACACAUCAGUCUGCAGAACCCAAGGAUGAGCCUGGUGGUCCUGGAGCAAUGACAGAGUCACUGGAGGCCUCUGAAUUCCCGGAGCAGAGCAUGUCACAGACACAGAAGCUGCUUUUAGAUGGAGACUACCUACAAAGAACAACAUAUGACAGAAGGUCAUCCCAGGAAAGGAAGUUUAUGGAAGAGAGAGAGCUCUUAGGGCAGGAUGAAGAAACAGCAAUGAGGAAGUCCUUAGGGGAGGAAGAAUUGUCAUAGGAGGGAAGCUUCGAAGUCAUGAAACCAAUCAACAGCCAAGUCAGCAAGCAAUCAGGUAAUGAUGCGCGAGUCCCCUCAGGUUAUAGAAAUUAUGUUGUAUUUAGUCAGUAUGUCUUUUUGUGUAAUGGACUGGGCCAAUCAAAUGUGAUAAAAUAAAACUAAUUUGAAAAUGAAACUUAAAUUGAAUUCAUUUGUUUAAUAGACUAUUCAAAGGCUGUAUUGUAAUUCUAAUGAGAAUUAUGUUUAAUUACUAGCUUUCUAUUACCAUUAUACGUAACCAGCAAAUAUAUUUUUCUUAGUCCUUCUAAUUUUGCGGGUUUUUUUUAGUAAGUAUGAUAGUUAAUGUUCAAUAUUAGUGCUGUCAGCCAUUUAGCUUUUCUUCUCUAUAGGAAAACUAUUUCACCUACUGUAAGAGUGAAUGCCUAGCCAGGCGUGGUGGCUCACACCUGUAAUCCCAGCACUUUGGGAAGCCGAGGCUGGCAGAUCACCUGAGGUCGGGAGUUUGAGACCAGCCUGACCAACAAGGAGAAACCCCCAUCUCUGCUAAAAAUACAAAAUUAGCCAGGCGUGGUGGCGCAUGCCUGUAAUCCUAGCUCCUUGGGAGGCUGAGGCAGGAGAAUCGCUUGAACCUGGGGCAGAGGUUGCGGUGGGCCAAGUUUGCACCAUUGUACUCCAGCCUGGGCAACAAGAGUGGAACUCCGUCUCAAAAAACAAAAGAAAAAAAAAGAAAGAGAAUGCCUAAACGUUGUGCUACUGAAAGCCACAGUGCUCCCUUCCUGCAAGGACCAUCUUCAAUAUUCAAGUAAGGCUUAAGGAAUUCACUGGAUUAGUAAUAUGCUCUCAUCUAUUUUUUCACAUUCCUACUAUGAAAAAGUUUCAGGCAAUGCCAAUAAAGCAAAAGUCCCUGUUUGCCCUCAUAUAGUCUCACUCCCCUCCUCAAAGGUAGAUCACUGUUAUCAGUUAGGUAUGAGCCAUCUAGGCCUUUUUUGAGGUAUUCCUAUACAAAUGUAUUUGAAAAUCUAGAAAUAUAUAGCUUGAUUUUCUUUAUAUAAAUAUAAACAUUAUUUGCAUAUUUUAUUUUUCACUUAAGAGAAUGUCUUAGAUCUUUCAAGGUUAGUGGCAUCAAUCUCUUCUUAAAAUAUGGUUAAGGUAUUACAUAUUAUGACUGUGCUGUAGCAUAGGGAAUUGACAUUUGACUUUUUAAUCUGAAUGUGUUAGAGAAUUUACCUGCAGUAUUAAAAUCACAGAUUAUUUUCUCUCUAAAGCCUUGCUAAUUGUAAGCAAUAACUGAAGUCUUCAGAGCCUUUAGAUAGAUAGAGCCUAUUUUUCUUUUUACUUAUUUUUACUUUUUUUUUUGAGACAAGGUCUCACUCUGACACCCAGGCUGGAGUGCAGCAGCACCAUCACAGCUCACUGUAGCCUUGACCUCCCAGGCUCAGGUGAUCUUCUCACCUCAGCCUUCCAAGUAGCUGGGAAUACAGGUGUGCAUCACCACGUCUGGCUAGUUACUGUAUUUUUUUGUAGAGAUGGGCUCUUGCUGUGUCACCCAGGCUGGUCUCCAACUCCUGGGCUCAAGUGAUCUGCCCACCUUGGCCUCCCAAAGUGCUAGGACUAAAGGCAUGAGCCACCACACCUGGCUGAGUCUGUUUUUCUCAAAAUAUUUAUACAUAUAUAAACAUAGUGAUUUAAAAUAACUUGUAAUUAUUAACCCAUUUACCUUAAUUUCUUUUAAGUUAGGUACCAAGAAUGUAUCCACAUUUUAAAAAUUUUAAAAGAAUGCACCCAUUUUCCCAUGUAGUAUUUCACUAUAACACUUAGGCCUUAUGGCAACCUUCUGAAGCAUGCAUGACAAUAUUUGUAUUUUUUUAGUUUCUAAUCCUUAAUUCGGUCAGCCAGCAAACAUUAGCUGAGUGCCUGCACUGCCUUGGGAAUGAGGCUGCAGAUACAGCGGUGAACAGUCACGAAUACUACAUGUUUUUUACAGCCUAGCAAUGGAGCUAAAUGAAGUAAAUGAUGUAAAUAAAGAAACCAAAGCUCAGGGAUUUAAAGUGAUUUGCAAUAGGUGACAAGCCUAGUAGGGAAUAGGACUAAAGCUGGAAUCCAAAUCUCCUUACUUCUAAUCUGGUAUACUUUCUUCUAAUAACUUGCUGUUUCUGUGAGGUACAAAGAAUAAUUUACAAUAAAUUAUUGCACUAAUAGCAUUUAAAAAAUUAGAAUCACACCUGUUAUCCAUCAUGGGGCUGGUUCCAUCUUGUUAAACAGUCUUUAUGAUCAUCCUAACAUUUAUAAGUUAUUAAUUUUGGCAAGAUGACCAAAAAUUUUUAAUUAGGGCUAUUGCUGAUUAUUAUUGUCAUUACCAAUUUUAAAAUAUCUACAACUAGUUUUUAGAAGCCUUAAAAUUGGACCAGGCACGGUGGCUUGCACCUGUAAUCCCAGCACUUUGGGAAGCUGAGGCAGGCGGAUCACAAGGUCAGGAGAUCAAGACCAUCCUGGCCAACAUGGUGAAACCCCGUCUCUACUAAAAAUACAAAAAUUAGCCAGGCGUAGUGGCGGGCGCCUGUAAUCCCAGCUACUCAGGAGGCCGAGGCAGGAGAAUCGCUUGAACACGGGAGGUGGAGGUUGCAGUGAGCCGAGAUCACGCCACUGCACUCCAGCCUGGAAGACAGAGCAAGACUCCUUCUCAAAAAGAAAAAAAAAAAGACCUUAAAAUUGAUUUGAGGUUGAUUAUCUUUCAUAAUCUUCUAAUUCUCCUUUAGAAUGAUCCAGUCCGUUAAACACUUUGCAGAUGCCAGACCUAUGCUCUAUAAAUCCAUAAAUUAAUUCAAUUUAUUGAAAGAAGCAGAUAUCUAUAAACUCCACACUGAACUGAUUAAGCUUAAUUGCAAUCCUAGUCCAUCCCAGAGAGAAACCAAAAUAAUUGAGAGGUUAGGGCAUUGUCGCUGUGAGAAAGCUUAGAGGUAACACAUUAUAUGUUAUCUGGAGAGAAGAAUGUUAAAUGGAAACAACGUUUAUGAAGAAUUUCUUCAAGUACCUGAAGGAUUUUAUGGGAAAUUACAAGAUAGCAUUCUUAGGUUCCAUAUGUCUAGAGGACUUUUCAUAACUGUAAGCAACUUUUGCAAAUAGUUUGGGAACAUAAAACUCUUGCAGCAUAGAAGAAAAUGGGUACUAUUAACAUUCAGAUGGUUAUGGGACCAUCAUAACAUUUUGAUGUAAUAUGCAAAAUGCUACUUCCCCAACUAUGACCCUCAGUAUGACUUCUAAAGGAAUUAUAAGCUCCAAAUACUUUUUGGAGUACUUUUUAAGUACUUGACUUUUUCACACAUUUGCUAAUACCCUUCUCAUAAGUUUUAUUUCUUUCUGAUGUUUCAGCUAACAUUGAGCUAACAGAAGCUAAAUAAUAAUAAAAUGAAGAACAGAUAGUAAAUAUAUUGAAAUUGUCAUUCCUGGCCGGGUGUGGUGGCUUACGCCUAUAAUCCCGGCACUUUGGGAGGCCAAGGCGGGCAGAUCACGAGGUCAGGAGAUCGAGGCCAUCCUGGCCAACAUGGUGAAACCCCAUCUCUACUAAAAAUACAAAAAUUAGCUGGGUAUGGUGACGCGUGCCUAUAAUCCCAGCUACUCGGGAGGCUGAGGCAUGAGAAUCACUUGAACCCAGGAGGUCGCGCCACUGCACUCCAGCCCGGUGACAGAGCAAGACUCCGUCUGGAAAAAAAAAAAAAAAAAAGAAAAAGAAAUUGUCAUUCUUGACAUAAAUUCCCAUAUCAUUAAAAUAGAUCAGAGAGAUAGAAUGUAAUUUUCUCUAGCAUAGGCAUCAUUACAUUUAAGCCAUCUGAGGGCUAUGAGCGUGAUCUGCAAAGUCACUCUGAGCAACAUAAGGUGGAGUUUGGAAGCAGACUCAAAGCCAGACCACUGGGCUUGAGUCCUCACACGCAAGCAUGUAGUCUUCACCAUGGAGAAGGGUGUUUGCCUUUCUCAAAGCUUUUUUCUUUUAAAUUAGGAAAAAGAACUGAUUUAUCAGUCUAGUGUUUCAUUUUAAAAACAUAUGAAAGGGUGGGAAACUGCAGAAGAAAGUAUUUGGAGCUUAUAAUUCCAUUAAAAGUUAUAAUGGCAGUCAUAGUUGGUGAAGCAGCAUUUUGCAUAUUAUAUCAAAAUGUUAUGGUACCAUAACCAUCCAAAUGUUAAUGGUACCAAUUUAUUCUAUCCUAGAAACAUUUCAUUUUAUGUUGUUAAAACAUAACUAUAUCAGCUAGGAUUUUUCUAUGCUUUACCUGCUUUGGAAAAUUUGACACAUUCUGCUUUACUCUUUUGUUUAUAGGUGAAUCACAAAACAUAUUUUUAUGUAUUCUAUCGUUCAAUAGCCAUGGCUGUUUACUUCAUUUAAUUUAUGUAGCACAAAGGCAUUAUGAAAAGGCCUAAACAUGAGCUUCACUUCCCCACUAACUAAUUAGCAUCUGUUAUUUCUUAACCCUAAUGCCUAGGCCUAACCUGAACCAAUGUUCCCCAAUCUUGUUCACAGUCAGAGACCCAAAAAAGAGUGUUAUAAGUGGGGUGUCACUAUUGUGAAAGUAGUGCUAAUGGUGUUGAAUUGGUACCUAUGAUUCUUCUUUUGAAUUAGAUUGUAUGUUUCAUGAUCUCAACUUACAUUACUAAAAUUUAAUAAACUGAUCAUUUAGAUGA